AAAUGAUAGCUUAAUUUGCUAUAAACAUGAACCUAAAAUGAAAGAUUAUUUAUAUUGUUAAGCUUAGGUCUAGUAUUUAAAGUAGUUAAUCAAUUAUUAUUAUCAAUCAUUAAAAUAGAUUCUUCUUUCGUAGGUGUUACAAAAUACUAAUAACUUGACAUGUAUGAUCUAUUUAUACAUCUGUGACGUAUAUACAUUGUUUUGUUAUGGAUGGUUUUUGUGUAUUAUUCUGGCAACAUUUAGUGUGUGAGUGAACGCAAAAAAAGCUUGCCGAUAUUUCAUCCAUCUCCCUCGUAAAUUUUGGACAUAGGCUGAUUGACAACAAAAGGCACUAUUUUGAGGAUCAUUGUUGUUUUAAAUGUUUCCUUGUAAAUAAGUGUUGUGAAAAGAGCGCCUGUAUUCGUGACUUACACCGUGGAUGAAAAAAUAUGAAGCGGCGAAAUGCCGAAACUGGGAAGUUGCGGCGCCCCUUGAAGCGCACAAAAAUCACCGAAGGAAUGUACGGAAAUUCAAUGCUGUACCUGAAGUUUGUGAUGAUUUGGGCAACAGUUGUGAUGGCCGACUACAUGCUGGAGUUUAGGUUUGAGUUCCUCUGGCCCUUCUGGAUGAUGCUGAGAUCAGUAUAUGAUUCAUUUAAAUAUCAAGGACUUGCAUUUUCCGUAUUCUUCAUCUGCAUAGCACUAACUUCAGAUAUGAUAUGUUUCUUCUUUAUACCUCUACAGUACAUAUUCUUUGCAGCAAGUACCUAUGUGUGGGUACAAUAUGUGUGGUACACAUUUGCAGAUAAAGGCAUCUGCGUGCCAACAGUAGCGAUAUGCUGCCUGCUGGUGUACGUGGAGGGGCUGUGGCGGGGCUCGCGCGGCGGCGGCGGCUCGCUGUGCCGGCCGCUGGCCGCGCACUGCGUGGGCUACCCCGUGGUCACGCUGGGCUUCGGGGCCAAGGCGCUGCUGGCCCACCGCCUGCGCCAGCGCCGCCAGCGACACGUGCGCGCCAUGAACGAGUUCUACUUCCAGCUCAUGCGGGACGCGCUGCCCGAGACCGCCGUAGACCAGACACAGAGUCAACAGCAGCCACAGCAGCAAGCGUCCACGAAAGAAGGCGUGGUCGCGAACGGCGGCUCGGAGUGCGGGACACAGACGCAGCCGCAGUCGCAGACGCAGGCGCAGGCGCCGGCCGACGCGCGACACAUGAACGGCUCGCUGCGGCGCUGCCGGUUCAAGACCGCCGACCACAACGGACACUGUCCGCAGGAACACGCGCAGCUGCAGGCUAAGUUAGAGAAAUUAGAGAAGCACUUAGCAGCGCAGAGCGCUAACCGCGAGCGCGAGAAGGCGGGCGGCGGCGGGACCGCGCCCAGCUCCUCCGCCAGCUCCAGCGGCAGCUGCUGCAGCUCGCGCCCGCUCAGCAACGGGGCCGCCGCGCAUGCUGACGACGACGACGCCAAAGGUGGUGUAAAGUUGUCAAAGUUGGAAAAGAAAGAGGCUUAUAGUACAUUAAAAGAAGAAAAAAGAAAGAAUAAAAGCAGAGAUAAAGAUAAGGAGAACAGCGAUAGUCAUAAGAGUACAGAAAACACAAAAGAACAUAUAGUUAAAGAUAAAGAUGUAGAGAGUACAAAAGAGUGUAUAAAAAUUAAGGAAUGCAGUAAUAAAGAGUUAAAAGAAAAGGAAAAAGAGAAGGAAAGAGAAAGAGAAAUGAAGGAGAAAGAGAAGGAACGGGAGAGGGAAAGAGAGCGGGAACUGCGCUCGGCGCGCGAGUGCAGCGAGGAGCUGAAGCGAGUGCGCGUGGAGCUAGCAGCGGCGCGCGCGGCCGAGCAGGACGCCCGCCGCGCGCUGGCCGCCGCCGCCGCCGCCGAGCGCCAGCGCCGCGCCGACCACCACCAGCUCAAGCAGGCGCACCAGGCGCUGCAGCACAAGUUGUCAGCGUGGCGCACAGGCGAGCGCGCGUCGCUGGAGCGGCGCCUGGGCGAGGAACGGCGCGCGCGCUCCGCCGCCGAGGCGCAGCUGCUGCGGGCCAAGCACGCCGCCAGGCCGCCCAGGUACCUGCACUUAUGUGUCUAUAUGACCUUCAUUUUUAAAAGAGUAACUUAUGGUGUUUUUUGCCGGUUCUUCUCCAUAACAAUGACACUUUGGUACCGCGAAACUAAAGUCAUAACUGCAACGUUUUGCAAGAGCCUGUUAAACGGCCUACUUGAAAUAAAAACUUUUGAUGUUUUUGAUUUUGAUAUCAUCAGAUACGCGGAGUGCGAGAGCGAGCUGUGCCGGUCGCGGCGCGCGGCGGCCGAGGCGGAGGGCGCGGCGCUGCGCCGGGACCUCACGCGCGCGCGCGAGCGGGCCGCGCAGCUGCAGCGGGACCUCGGCCUCGCCACCGACCAGGUGCGGUCAUUAGAGUCGCUUAAAGAGCAGCACCUAAAGAAGGUGGCGGCGGCUGCAGAGCUGGAGCACGAGUACAACAACCUGCAGAAGAACCACACGUACCUGGAGUCCUCGCUGUCCUCCGAGACGCGCGUCAAGCUGGACCUGCUGUCCGCGCUGGGCGAGGCCAAGCGCAAGCUGCACAUACAGGAGGGUUUAAUAUCCCGGCAAGACAAGGAGAUGGAGGAGCUGAAGGCGCAGCUGCUGGCGGUGAUGCCGCCCGCGUUCCCGGGCGCGGGCGCCAGCCAGCGGCGCCUGGACGCGUCGCCGCUGGACCCCAACGCCUGCGUCUACACGCCCAAGCAGCUCGCGCUCGCCUCCGACGCCUGAAGCCCGGCCCGGACCUGCAUACCCUAGCUCCCGAACAACCUAGCCGCGAUACGCGACCCCCACCAGCAUGCGCCGGCGGCCGCGAUCCUCCGGCCGGUGGCGCAAGACCCCACCCCUAGAAUACAAAUAGAAAAUAGUACUUCUUAAUUUAGGUUCAGAAUCAGAUUCUAAUAAUUGUGUGCUGAAACCUAGACGAUCACUUCGAUUCGAGGGUCGAUCCCGGAAGUGUAAUAAGAGACGACAUCUAGUGCGUACUUAGGUCGCGAUGUACCGAGACUACCGAGCUUUGAACCCUACCCGAGCGAUGCUGAUCUUUGUAUGGGCGUUUCCUGAUCUCAAUUUGUUUUUUUUUUGUUUUCUAAUUGAUAAUGCAAGCUGACAGUUUACAUGUUUUCGUUAAUUUAUUGUGUUAGUUAAAAUUAAAAGUGAUUUUUUGUAAGUCGGAAGCUAGGUGAGUGAUUAAAAUUCUGUGUUCAUUUUGAAAUUACGUAUCGUUUUAUGAUAGUUUGAAAUUAUAGAUGUAAACGCCAUUUUAGUUUGUAAAUGAUAUGAAUCUGAAGUUUCUGUAGGCGCGUGUCGGCCGCUAAAUGUCCAUACAAAUAUCGGUAAAAUUAAUAUACUGGAUAAACAUUAAAAUAAUACAAG